UGGAGUUGCCCGCAGUCCGGGAGAAAACAGAGAGGAAAAUACAUCGAUGGAAAAUGAACUUCCAAUAAACAAGGAUUAAAUGCAUUGCUUCUUAGUUGGUUACGUAGGUAUUUUGACUCAAAAGAAGUUUAGUUUGACGGGGAACUGAAGGUUAAAACUUUGUAACUAGCUAGUUUUUUGUGUGAACAACACACAUGUUUAUAGCUGUAAGUUAACUGUGUUGGCUAUAAAGUUGAACGUGAUUGCAGGGACAAACUAUUGAAGUGAGUUAGCUAGCUUGCCUGUUAGCUCCAGAAACAUGUCUGAAAACUAGCCAGCUAGCUUGCUAGCUGUGUGCUACUUUACUGCCAGUUAAUUUUACAGUAGUACCAGUCAAAUCCAGAUUUUAUGUCAAGAUAGCCAGUUGUGUCAACAGCGUAUUAAUUAUUGUUUUUGUCUUUUGUAAACUGUGAAAACUAAAUAAUCUUUCAAGGAACAUAACAGUGUAUUAGCUAGCGAGACUAGUGGUUUUAGUCUGAAUUGGACUAAGUUUGUUUGAGGAUUGGAUCUCUGGCCAAGGAUUAGACACAGAUUGAGAACAAAAUUUAACUUUACCCAGCAGCUGACUACUUGUUUAACCAUCUUCGGCUAGCUUUCUAACGACGGUGCACUGCCACAGUUCGCAGGAUAACUUAAGUGAAUGAAGACAUACGGGAAAAUGAAUUACUUUUUAAUUCCUGCAAGUCAGUUGCGAAUCUGUUCUUCCUUAAAUAAAACAUCUGGGAUUGUGUAGCACUAUUCGGCAGUUGUGGGAGAGACUGGUUAGCUGUUUGGCUUGGUUGUUAAAAAACUAAUGCUCUACGGGAAAUCCUUAAAUCCAUGCUGGGACGAGGGAAAGGGCCACCAGUUGGGAGAUCAGCAGCUGAAAUAAAUUGGAGUUGUGGCUGACGAAGUUUUUUUUUUUUUUGGAAAUUGAAACAUCAAAUGCUAGCUACAUGACAGACAAUGACUGCUUUCAUGGAUAUUUCAUUCAAACAAGCUUUGAAGAAACCACCUUCCCUACGGACGGCAGAGGAUCUGAACACCAUCUACUGCCACCUGUACCACAUGGACGUGCUGUCUCACCUGCGGGAGCACCAGCUCAGGUCCAUGUGCACCCUGGCCCACUACGAGCGCUACGACGCCAACCACGUCCUGUUCUGUCCGGACCACCUCUCCACGUGCUGGUACAUCCUGCUGUCCGGCUCGGUGUUUGUGAAGGAGCACAUGUACCUGGCCCGCUGCUGCUUUGGGAAGCAGCUGGGAGGCAGAAGAGGCUGUGAAUGCAUCACGUUGGAGCCGUCCGAGAUGAUCGUGGUGGAGAACGGCCAGGAGGGCGGCGACGUGGGGCUGCACCGGGACGCCCCGCACCGCCGCUCCCGACGACGCUUUCGCAAGGUCAACCCCCGCGGGGAGAGGGAGCUGAUCACCGACGCGCAGGGCUCCGGAGCGCUGACGCUUCCUGGAGACCUCAGCAAAAUGCAUCUCACAGACCACGCCCACCAGCAGGUGAUGCAGGUCCCGCCCAGCCAAUCAGGAUGCAGCAUCGCCAGCGACUCGGGGAGCAGCAGCCUAUCGGACAUCUACCAGGCCACGGAGAGCGAGAUGGGGGACGUGGACCUGUCGGGGCUCCCCGAGGCACCGGUGGACUCUGAGGAAGAGGAGGAGGAGGACGAAGACAUCGAGCGGGCGUCUGACCCCCUGUUGGGCCGGGACAUGGUGCGCGAGUGUCUGGAGAAGGAGCCGGCGGACAGGAACGACGAUGACAUCGAGCAGCUGCUGGAGUUCAUGCACCAGCUCCCCGCGUUCGCCAACAUGACCAUGUCCGUCAGGAGGGAGCUCUGCACCGUCAUGAUCUUCGAGGUGGUGGAGCAGGCCGAGACGGUCAUCCUGCAGGACAGACAGGAGCUGGAUCUGUGGUACGUGAUCCUGAAUGGCUCGGUGGAGGUCAGCCACGCGGACAGGCUGGAGACCCUGUGCAUGGGAAACAGCUUCGGCAUCACCCCCUCCCUGGACAAGCAGUACAUGAGCGGCAUGGUGCGAACCAAGGGGGACGACUGCCAGUUCGUCUGCAUCGCCCAGGAGGACUACUGGAGGAUCCUCAACCACGUGGAGAAGAACACGCACAAGGUGGAGGAGGCGGGCGAGAUCGUCAUGGUGAAGGAGCAUCGCGAGCUGGACCGCACCGGCACCAGGAAGGGCCACAUCGUCAUCAAGGGAACUCCAGACCGGCUGAUCAUGCACCUGGUGGAGGAGCACUCAGUGGUGGACCCCACCUACAUUGAGGACUUCCUGAUGACGUACCGCACCUUCCUCAACAACCCCAUGGAGGUGGGCAAGAAGCUGCUGGAGUGGUUCCAGGUGGACAGCCUCAGGGACAAGGUGACGCGGGUGGUGCUGCUGUGGGUGAACAACCACUUCAACGACUUCGAAGGGGACCCCGCCAUGACGCGCUUCCUGGAGGACUUCGAGAAGCUUCUGGAAACCACGAAAAUGAAGGGCCAUCUGCGGCUGCUGAACAUCGCGUGCGCGGCGAAGGCCAAGUGGAGGCAGGUGACGCUGCUGAAGCCGUCGCGCGAGUCGCCGCUCUUCUUCAGCCUACAGGGCGGCAGCGAGCGCGGCUUCGGCAUCUUCGUGGAGUCGGUGGAGGAGGGCAGCAAGGCGGCCGAGGCCGGCCUCAAACGGGGCGACCAGAUAAUGGAGGUGAACGGGCAGAAUUUCGAGAACAUCACCUUCUCCAAAGCGGUGGACAUUCUGUGGAACAACACACACCUCUCCCUCACAGUGAAGACUAACAUAUUUGUGUUCAAAGAGCUGCUGAGCCGGAUCUGGCAGGAGAAGAAGAACGGCGGCCCCCACAUCCCCAAGAUCCAGGAGAAGAAGGGGAACCGCUACUCCAUCCCUGACCUGCCGGGGGACAUCGAGUUCCCCACCGACAAGGCGCACAAGAAGGCCAAGGCCAACACCAUGUCCGGGGGGCGGAACAAGAUCCGCAAGAUUCUGCUCAACACCCGCUUCAGCAUCCUGCCUCCCAAGCCCUUCAGGGGACUCUUUGGUGACGGGGGCAUGAGCCAGUCCCAGGACGACAGCGUCGUGGGCACCAAGCAGUGCCGGCACAGCGUGGCCAUCAUGCCCAUCCCGGGGGCCCUGUCCUCCAGCAGCCCCGACCUGCUGCAGCCUGCCACCAGCGUGCUCGACUUCUCCAACCCUGCGGCUGCGAGCUUCUACUACAUUCCGGAUCAGGUGAUCCGCGUCUUCAAGGCGGACCAGCAGAGCUGCUACAUCAUCAUCAGCAAGGACACGACGGCGAAGGACGUGGUGUCGCACGUGGUGAACGAGUUUGGGCUGGGGGCGGCGCCCGAGACGUACUCCCUGUGCGAGGUGUCCAUCAGCCCCGAGGGCGUCAUCAAGCAGCGCCGGCUCCCCGACCAGCUGUCCAAACUGGCCGACCGCAUCCAGCUCAACGGCAGGUACUACCUGAAGAACAACAUGGAGACGGAGACGCUGUGCUCGGACGAGGACGCGCAGGACCUGCUGCGGGAGAGCCAGAUCUCCCUGCUGCAGCUCAGCACGGUGGAGCUGGCCGCCCAGCUGUCCAUGCGCGACUUCGAGCUCUUCCGCAACAUCGAGUCCACCGAGUACAUCGAGGACCUGUUCAAGCUCCGCCCCCCGGGGGGCGGGGCCUCCGCCGGGCACCUCAAGCACUUCGAGGAGCUCAUCAACCAGGAGACCUUCUGGGUCUCCACGGAGAUCCUCAAGGAGCCCAACACGCUGAAGAGGAUGAAGACCAUCAAGCUCUUCAUCAAGAUUGCGCUCCACUGCCGCGAGUGCAAGAACUUCAACUCCAUGUUCGCCAUCAUCAGCGGGCUGAACUUGGCGCCAGUGGCCCGCCUCAGAGGAUCAUGGGAAAAGCUGCCGAGCAAGUACGAGAAGCUGUUCCGCGACCUGCAGGACAUCUUCGACCCGUCCCGAAACAUGGCCAAGUACCGCAACGUCCUGAGCGGCCAGAGCAUGCAGCCUCCCAUCAUCCCCCUCUUCCCCGUGGUGAAGAAGGACCUGACCUUCCUGCACGAGGGAAACCACUCCAGUGUGGAGGGGCUGGUGAACUUCGAGAAGCUGCGAAUGAUCGCCAAGGAGAUCCGGCACGUGGUGCGCAUGACCUCGGCCAACAUGGACCCCGCCCUCAUGUUCAGGCAGAGGAAGAAGAGGUGGAAAAGUCUUGGGUCUCUCAGCCAGGGCAGCACUAACUCCAACAUGCUGGACGUCCAGGGGGGGGCGCACAAGAAGAGGGUGCGCCGCAGCUCGCUGCUGAACGCCAAGAAGCUGUACGAGGACGCCCAGAUGGCCCGCAAGGUCAAGCAGUACCUGUCCAACCUGCAGGUGGAGACGGACGAGGAGAAGUUCCAGAUCAUGUCCCUGCAGUGUGAGCCGGCCUACAGCACCCUGUCGAAGAACCUGAGCGAGCGGCGGUCCACCAAGUCGGACAUGUCGCCCGUGUCCCUGCGCUCCACGCUGCCCGCCGGGAAACCCCACGCCCCCAACCGCAUGAGCCAAGUGCUCCAGGUGCCCCCCGUGAGCCUGUACCCCUUACGCAAGAAGAGCACCGCCAAGGACAUCGCCGCCGCCCACAACUCCGGCUCCCCGCUGGUGGUGAAGAAGCCGCCUGGCUCGGCGGAGGAGUGGACCACCGCGAAGAAAGCGUCGGAGGACACCCUGUCCACCGUGUCGUCCCUGCACUCCAGCCCUACUGUGUCCCCCCAGGACUCACCCCGAAAAGGGGGCGGAGUCCCUAAGUCUCAGAACUCCAGUCAGAUGAACCUAUCAGGCUCCUCCUCCUCCCUGACCAGCGAGGCCAGCACCAAGGGCAGCGGCUCCAGGAGCUACGGGAUAGGCUACGCCCUGAUGCCUGCUGGGAAGUCGGACAACCUGUCGGACUCGAGCCACAGCGAGAUCUCGUCCCGCUCCAGCAUCGUCAGUAACUGCUCUGUGGACUCCAUGCCCAUCCUGGGGGCGGAGGAACGCUGCCAGAGCAAGGCCAGCUGCCCGCAGGACACGCCCGCCCCAGGCCCCGCCCCCGGACACGCCCAUCCCGUGGCAGACUACAGCCAGCCCUGCAGCAGCGCGGCGUUGGCGAGGGUUCCGGCGGCGGUGGCUCGGGCCGCCUCCUUCACCGCGUCCGCCAGCCACGAGGAGCUGGCGCCCGACCACGUCUCCCUGGAGACGGCCGACAGCGGGCGGGGCAGCUGGACGUCCUGCUCCAGCAACUCCCACGACAACUUCCAGAACCUUCCGCCCCCGCCGCGGGGACCCUGGGACCUGGCCGCGUACCGCCACGCCCAGCUGGGCGGCGCCAUCGCCGAGGUGGAGGCGGGGCCCGCCCGCCACGACGACGCGGGAAAGAGGCUGUCCCGCGACAGCUCGGAGCUCGACCAAUCGCGGCAGAGCUGGGCCUCGUCCAGCUCGCUGUCGGACACCUACGAGGGGAACUACGGCACCAUCAAGCGCCGCGCCGCCGAGAACGCCGCCGGGUCGCCGGGGGAAACGCCUGACUCCGCCCCCGGCGCAGACCCCGCCUACAAAACCAUCACCUCAAGCACAGAAAAGGGGCUCAUAGUGUACUGUGUAACCUCCCCCACCAAGGACGAUAGAUUCAGGGGCCCGCCCCCGACUCCGCCCGGAUACCAGGGCAUCUCCCUGGGCGACGCCGCGGAAGGAGCGCCGCGGCCCCCCCACCUAAAACCGCCCGACUAUAGCGUGGCGCUGCAGAGGUCAAAGCUGCUGCAGAGCCCCGUCGGGCUGCCCCUGCCUGGCGACGCCCUGCUUCAGGCGAAGAGGCUGGCGCACGGCCCCCAGGUCUGCGAGGCCCGGCCGGGCAGGGCAGCCCUCCGCAGCCAGCCCGAUAGCGAGGACGAUGAUGAGCAGGUUUCUGCUGUGUAGGCCUCCCCCGUGUGAUGGGCAUGUGGACGGACAGACGGGUGGAUGGGCAAGACAGAGAAGAGGGCGCCGGGGAUGGGGGUCAGGCUUUGGGGGGGGGG